UUUUAAAUUUCGUGUCUAUGCUCAACAUGUCUUUUACGAAUUUGUAGUGAUGGUGGCUGGCUUCCUUGCAAACCAAGCGUCAUAAAUUACAGCUAAUUUGUAAAUUUUGUUGAAAUUUCGGUCGUUCAACGAUCAAUAUAUUAGUGAACUAAGUGCUCAAAAAGUUUCACAAGUAAUCGCCAUGAGUUCAAGCGUAUGCUACAAGUGUAACCGGACGGGGCACUUCGCUCGCGAGUGCACCCAGGGCGGCGUGGCCCCGCGUGGCGACUCCGGCUUCAACCGCCAACGCGAAAAGUGCUUCAAGUGCAACCGCACCGGGCACUUCGCGCGGGACUGCAAGGAGGAAGCUGACCGUUGCUACAGAUGUAACGGCACGGGACACAUAGCGCGCGAGUGCGCGCAGAGUCCCGACGAGCCGUCGUGCUACAACUGCAACAAAACCGGUCACAUCGCGCGGAACUGCCCCGAGGGCGGGCGCGACAGCUCCGGCCAGACCUGCUACAACUGCAACAAGGCCGGACACAUCUCGCGCAACUGCCCCGACGGCACCAAGACCUGCUACGUCUGCGGCAAGCCCGGACACAUCUCCCGCGAUUGCGACGAGUCGGAGCGGAACUAACACACGCCUCCGACCCCCACUCACACAUAUAAACAAAAACUAUGUAUAUUAUGAUGCCACGCACGGACGAUAAGCAAAGGACGCGAUAAAGCGACUAGAUCGUAAGACCACAUGACUGUAUGAAAUUUAUGCAACGGAAUUAAAUCAGACGCAGUGUACUCUCGAUGAAUGAGGAGUAUGAUUUUUAAAAUGUUGACUUGUAAAUAGGUCUCCCGCCGCGCGGGCGCCGCUCGCGAUAGGUUAAUGUUGUUCUGCACGGUGAACGAGUUAUUGUGUUUUUAAAUCAUUUAAUAAUCAUGAUUGAACUAUUGAUGAGGUAGCGUUACAGUUUUUAGCAUUACAGAGUAUAUAUUUAAUAUAUUUUGUACAGAUUUUUUUGUCAAAAGAUAAAUUGGAUGCUGGCGUACCAUGCGUUUUGACUGGAAGAGGAGGCCCCGGAGUACCCAAUCCUACUGGACUCUCUUGUUCGUCUCGUUACAGUUUAAGUUGGUUCUUGUGCGAUCGUUUGCGGUCUGACGAGUCAAAUCUUCAUCUUUUCACUAUCUGAUGAUUUAUUUAUUUUAUUGAUCAAUUCCUUUGUUUAUGAGGUCCUGCUAACUUGUGGAGAAUUCAGUGGUUAAUUAGAAUUUCAUCAAUCAGAAUAUUUUUUAUUUUGUUAUCCCUAUCAAUGUGCCUGUGUUCAGUACAUUUGAAUGUAUAAAGUUACUUGGCUUCUCAGUGGGAGAUAAUAAAAAUCUUGCCUUAUUA